UGACCAUGGACGCUUCCCCUUCUCCCUCUACGCCCUCGAAACUUCGUGAAUUCGCUGCCAUGUGUGUAAGAAAUUGUUGUUGUUACAGAUCUUAUAGCAGUCGGUUUAAAGCGGGGGUCUGAUGAACUUCUUUCUUCUGGUAUUAUUAACGGAUCUUCUACAAUGAACAAUUCUACUCCUUCUACAGGUGUGUAUGCUAAUGGGAAUGACAACAAGAAAUUUAAAGGAGAUAGACCUCCCUGUUCACCUUCCCGUGUUCUCCAUCUUCGAAAAAUUCCAUGUGAUGUCACCGAAGCAGAGGUCAUAUCAUUAGGUCUACCAUUUGGCAAAGUAACUAAUCUUUUGAUGUUGAAAGGAAAAAGCCAGGCUUUCUUAGAAAUGGCUUCUGAGGAAGCUGCAGUUACUAUGGUGAAUUAUUACACUCCUGUUACUCCUCAACUUCGGAGCCAGCCAGUUUAUAUUCAGUAUUCCAAUCACAGAGAACUUAAGACUGACAAUCUGCCUAAUCAAGCUAGAGCCCAAGCUGCAUUGCAAGCUGUCAGUGCUGUCCAGUCAGGAAACCUGGCCCUUCCUGGAGCUCCUUCCAAUGAAGGCACAGUCCUACCUGGACAGAGCCCUGUGCUCCGAAUAAUAAUUGAAAACCUCUUUUAUCCCGUUACUCUGGAAGUUCUUCACCAGAUAUUUUCUAAAUUUGGAACAGUUUUGAAGAUUAUCACCUUUACAAAGAAUAAUCAAUUUCAAGCCUUGCUUCAGUAUGCUGACCCAGUGAAUGCACAUUAUGCCAAAAUGGCUCUGGAUGGCCAGAAUAUAUAUAAUGCAUGCUGCACUCUGCGUAUUGACUUCUCCAAGCUCACCAGCCUUAAUGUGAAAUAUAAUAAUGACAAAAGCAGAGACUUCACUCGCUUAGAUCUUCCCACUGGUGAUGGCCAGCCAUCUCUUGAACCCCCUAUGGCUGCUGCUUUUGGUGCACCAGGUAUAAUCUCUUCACCAUAUGCAGGGGCUGCUGGAUUUGCCCCAGCCAUUGGAUUUCCUCAAGCUACAGGUCUAUCAGUCCCAGCUGUUCCUGGAGCUCUUGGUCCUCUCACCCUCACCUCCUCUGCUGUCACUGGAAGGAUGGCCAUUCCUGGAGCAAGUGGUAUACCAGGAAAUUCUGUUCUACUUGUCACCAAUCUCAAUCCUGAUCUUAUCACACCACAUGGGCUUUUUAUUCUAUUUGGAGUAUAUGGUGAUGUCCAUAGAGUGAAGAUCAUGUUUAAUAAAAAAGAAAAUGCCUUGGUUCAGAUGGCAGAUGCAAGUCAAGCUCAGCUAGCAAUGAACCAUUUAAGUGGUCAGAGACUUUAUGGAAAAGUGCUUCGUGCUACAUUGUCCAAACACCAGUCAGUUCAGCUUCCUCGAGAGGGACAAGAAGACCAAGGUCUGACUAAGGAUUUCAGCAAUAGCCCUUUGCAUCGCUUUAAAAAGCCUGGCUCUAAGAAUUUCCAGAAUAUCUUUCCACCAUCAGCCACUCUGCAUCUUUCCAACAUUCCCCCUUCUGUUACAAUGGAUGAUUUGAAGAACCUUUUCACGGAAGCUGGAUGUUCAGUGAAGGCUUUUAAAUUCUUUCAGAAAGAUCGUAAAAUGGCGCUCAUUCAGUUGGCAUCUGUAGAAGAAGCAAUCCAGGCCCUCAUUGAGCUUCAUAAUCAUGAUCUUGGAGAAAAUCACCACCUCAGAGUUUCUUUCUCAAAAUCUACAAUCUGACUUUUCUGUGAAUUUUUCUCCUCUAAAACUGGACCAUAAUUUUAGUAAAACCUACAGACAUAGACUGAAGUAGCUCAAGACCAAUUUUGCCUCUUUCAAAAAAAAAACCCUGAGUUUCAUAUUCAAGUAUAUUCAAAACAAAGGAUGGUCCCCCCCCCCCAUUUUUUCCCCUUCUAGUGUAUGAUUGAAGGUUUGUUAUUCCUUUGUACCAUGGUUUGUAUAAAAAUAACCUUCAGGAAAAAAUCAGGAAAAAUAUUUUUCAGUAAUUUAAUUCCCUAUGUUAAAUUAGAUUUCAAAAGAACAUGCUUUCUUUUAGUUUGGGUCCAGAUCAGCCUUAUAUAACAUCUCUAAACUCCUUUUGAGCUUUGAGAAAUUUAAACAUAUGGACUUUUAAAAUUACUUGAUGUAAGUAAUUUAAAUCACUUGCAACCAAGUUUUUAACUUUAUGAUUCAGAAGUUUGACCCCUGUAGGAAAUUCUGUUCACUUAUAAUAAAUUAUGUCAAAUAUUUGCCAUAUAUUGAUGGUUAUACAUAUAAACACAUUGAAUUAUAUUGGAAGCAGACUUAUAAAUGUGCAUGUUUUCUUUCAAUGAUUUCUUUUUUUUCCUACUGUAUGACACUCCUUUGAAUAUACAUAUCUUACCUUUUUAAGACUAUCUGGAAAAAAGUAAGUGUUUCAGCUGUCCCCAGGGAAAUUAAGAAGAAUCCAACCAGGAUCUAUUAAUAAGUCAGAAUAAUUAAUAAUUUUAUUAGAAAAAUCAUGUUUUAAAUUUCAAAAUGAUACUGAUUUGUCAAGUAAUAUAAUAUGAUCUUGAAAAUUUUUUAAAAAAUAAUCCUACUUAUAAACUACUUUUUUAUAAUUGUUUUCAGGAAAAAAAAGUUUACAGUCUUAAGGAAAAUAUUCAGGUCUAUCAUAUGGUUUGACAGAUUUUUUAGAAGUUAUUUUUGGUAAGGUCUUAUUUUAGAAAAAAUUAAUCUCAAGGGUUUUUUGUACCACUAUAAUCUAUCUAAUACUUAUUCAGAAUUACUGUGUAUUUACUUAAUUUCUUCUUAUGUGCCUUAUUAUGUGCUUAAGAUAACAAUAGGUUAGAGUUUUAUCUAAAUAUCUUGAAAACUAUAUUGUGGGCUUGGUGAGCAUUUUGUUUUGCUUUCUCUGGUUUGGUAAGGAUUUUAAAGACUUUUUGUUGUUGUUGUUUUCGUUACAAUUUUAAGUGGUUUUCAAUAAGUAAUAGUUUUUAUUCAAAUCUUUGGUGCUUUGGUGCAGAGAUGGGGUGGGGAAGGGUGAAUGGUUUUGGAAAUAACUCAGUACACAUUUGUAGGCUUCUUUACAUUGUGACUCGUAAUAGUUAUUGCCAAUUAUCAUACACCAUUCUGGGGCUAUAGAAUGCAAUCUCAGUUUCUGGAUCUUUUCUAAUCUUUAUUGCCCAUCAGAAUUUGUCUCAGGAUUACUUGGUUCUUUUCAGUACUCAAGUGAGAACUUGCUUUUCUUUGUUAAUGUAACUUGAUUUCUGAAUGCCCACAUAGUUGGAGUAUGAGAAAGCAAGUUAUUUCUCAUACUUUCCCUCUCUUUCUGGUUGAAUGUAAGAGUACAUUUUAAUGUUGCUUCAGUGAUUGUAUUAUGUAAAAUUGUUUCUUUUUAACAAGAAACUGCUUUAUUAUUCCUUCAAUGCUUGAUCAUAUUUUUUUUAAAAAGCAGAAUUAUUCAGAGGGAUUAAUUUCAUUCACCCAUUUACACUUUUCAUAAUUCUCAGAAUGGUUCAUCUUAACUUUUCAAAGAAUAUCUCAAAUCAUUUUGCUUUAUUCCAGCCAUUAAUUUGAACAUAGGUUGUUUGGGGGGGUUUUUUGUUUGGUUUUUUUUACAAAAAAAAAAUAGAAGCUGAAAGAGAUUAUAGGUUGUAACUCAACACUGAGUAACAGUUAGUUGGUAGAAUAUAAAGGUCAUUAAUUUGAGACCUUUGAAAUGGCUGAAUAGAUAGGUAUACUAUCAUUUAUCUAUUGUGUUUUUUUCCCCAUUUAUGAAAUACAUUUUUACCCUAAACACCCAAGUAGGAGAGGAAGGGAAACAAAUUGGAAAAUCUCCCAAAAUUUGUUUUUUUGUUUUUGUUUUUCCUUCUACACAAGCAACUUUCAGUGACUAAUUGGAUUACUUUGUUUACUUUGGGAUGACUAUGUAAUUUAUUAAUUCAUAAUUCUCAUAUAACAUCCAGCAUUAAGUGUAGCAAGUAACUGAUAGCAGAAGGGAAAUAAUGGUGUUGAAUGUAAUUUUGAAGUGGGGGAUGGCCUUUAAAUCUGGGAGAGAACAUUUAAAUCCUUUUCAGGGAUUUAUGUAGAUAUGUGUGUGUGUGUUGUUUGUGUGUAUGUGUGUGUGUAUGUGUAUAAAUUCAUGUAUAUACAUACAUACACUUCUAAUGUAUAUACAUAUGCACAUUACAUACAUUUUUAUUUAUUAAAAAAGAAAAUUAACCAAAUUAAGAUUUGGAAAAGUGGGAUAUUAUUUUAAAAGUGCAUGUUUGAAGCCAUCAGAUUGUGUCUAAAAUUAGCUAUAGAGCACAUGGAUGUUGUCCAUAUUGAACUCUUUGCUAUUAGAAUUAUAGAGAUCUACAGUAUUUGUGUUGGCAUAGUUUUUGUAAAAAGACUCAAAAAAAAAUUCAGGAUAGUGGAAAAACUAGAUUUGUUUUUUUAUUGUUUGUUUUGGCACACAUUUUUUUUCAGUAUCUUCUGGUUUGUUUUCACUGUUGAUCUUUCAUAAUAUCCUAUUUUUAAGUUUAUUCACUUUAUUUUAAGGUAUACUUAUAUCACUUUUCAAGGUAUAUUGACUUUUACACAAAGUGUGUGUGCAUACAUAUGCACACACACGCAUAUAUCAGGACUUUAAAAAAUGGCAGUACAUAUUUAACAAUAGCAAUUUAUGCCAAAACAUCUUACGAUGAGUUUUAAAUAAAUUACAUAGCAGUAAAAUGUGUUUCAUGUAAUGUACAAAUAGAAAAAUGAUGCAUUAUCUUAAUCUGUAACUUACUGGAAGAAGUAUCAGGAUUAUCUAGUAGCUCUUACAGAGAAUGCCAUAAAUUCUUCAAGACUGAAUAUUACCAUCAUUUAUUUGUAGAAAUGUUUGAACUCAGUUUUUAGAGCCAUAAUUUUUGCCUGCCUGAUUCUUGAUGGGAGUGAGGUCUUCGUUGUCUCCAUCUGCUAUUGUGGUCAUCAGUUCUACUUCGUUUUAAGAAUUAGCUGAGCUAUGAAUCUCUGUUCAGCUCCGAAACUUUGUUCAAAGUCUCCAUGUCAUCAGUGAUAUUUAUAUUUGAGUGUAUUGUCAUGUAGAUUCUCUUCUAUUCCCAUUAAAUAUUUUUGGACAAAAAUGACAAAUUCAAAAGCAUUUCUUUUCCUUCCCAUUAAGUCCCUUAAAAACCCGAAGUUUGCCAAACGAUCAGCCUGUUUCUUAGAAAACCUAAUGUGUACUGCUAUUUUUAAAACAACAACAAAAAGGACAGCAUCACUAUGUGUAAAGCAUUUUUCUUAGUCUUUGUCUUGAUCUUUUGUUAAUGUUAUCUUGUUAUCUGUUAAUGAACCUGCCAGACCUAAAAUACUCUUAUUGUGCUAAAACAUGGUUUAGAUUGCACAAAACUUUUAAAAGUAUAACUUAGCUGUCUUUUAAAAGAGUUGUGUUGAUACCUAUAAGACUAUUUGCAGUCUUUUUUCAGAGCAAAUUCUAACAAUGGCUUAAAAAAUAAAAAAUAACUCAAUCUUAAUAUGGGGGGUUUUUUAAGGGAAAAAAGCAAAACAGGACCAAAGUUUAUGUGCCUUCUUCAUUAGUCUUAAAUGACCUUUUCUUCUUGUUCGAGACUAAGAUAGUAUCAGUAUUCUGGUUUUCAGGAAAUAUAUACUAUAGAGUUUUAAAAGAAUGUUGUCCCACAAACUAGUCAUACAAGCAAAUAAUUGUAACUGUGUUAAGUCUCAGUUAUACUUUUGUCUUAUCACAUAAUCUUCAUUAUAGAGCAUUAUGCUGGUUCAAGAACAGAGCUGCUUUGUGGUAGUCACCUUAGUUUUUGCAACCUGAGGCAUAUGUUCCAGAGAACAGGGAUAUUUGUCUGGUCCAGUGACCUUGGUGAUAAUACUCAUGAUUGAAAGCUGCUUAUGGCAAGUUUAACUCAACACUCUCAGCAGAUUAUUUUUAUUGUUGUUUUCAGUUCUUGGAUCUAUGUAGUAGUUGUAAUAAAUAUUUAAAUAGCUAUUUUUGGGGUCAUUAAAAAGAAUCAUAACUCUGGCCUUUUUCCUUUACCAUUCACUGUUACCCAGAUCUUUUAAAAAUUCAUCCCACAUCGAAAAAUUACUAAUUAUAAAGAUUGCUGACCAAGCAAAGUUUUGCAUCAAAAUGUCACCUCAUUGCUCUGACCAAAGACUGAGUGUUCUGGUUUUAACUCCUCUGUGAAACAUUUUCCCCAAGCUCCUUUCUGAAAGACCCAGUUGAGAGCGGCCUUUACUUUGUAUUUUCUAUUGGUAAACAGACUACUUAGAGAAAAUGGGAGUUCAAAUGUGAACAGAUGGAUUAGGAUGACAAGGGUUUGAUGGGCAUUUUCAGUACUGUAUUUAAGAAAAACAAAACAAAAUAGCACAGCUAGGAGCCUCUGACAUAGUCUUGUGUUUUAUGUGAUCUGUUCAUGAAAGUCCCUUUUUUCAGUUUAUAAGAAUAAAAUGCUGUAAAUAUUUGUAACAACAUUUUUUUUAACCAGGCCAAAAAAGAAAAAAGGUUUUUGGGAACAAGUGAACAUAUAAAGUGGUUUUAUAUAAAAACAUCAAUUGUCUUGUAUAUUUUGAUAAGCAGCAGUACCAGCUUUCAUUUGUAAUACAGUUUGUGGCAUUGGAAGAAAAGGAUUCUGUGAUUGUUGAAGUGAAUUAUGUUAUAAAUGCAAAGAGAAGAUAAAAUAUUAAAAACAUAUUUUCUAACUACGUAGUGCAUGGUUAAUUCAAGCUUCUGUACACUAUAGUAUAUUUCAUUUUCCUUCAGUUUGUAUAUUUGCUAUAACUUGAAAUUUCCAAUCUCUUUUCCUAACAAAUAUAGCAUUGUAGCAUGCCUUUUAAUAAAUGUCAUGACAUCUGUA